UCAUGGCGCCGGGCGGGUGAAUAGUUCCCGCGAGGCGGGGCCGGCCGGAUGGGGCGGCCGCUCGGCGCUCAGCUCGUCGGGCCUGGCGACAACGGCGGCUGCGGAGAGAGGGGCCCGGUGGUGGCCCCGGACGGCAGCGGGAGGCCGAGGCGGGAGCGCGCGGGGCUGAGGCGGCGGCGGCGGCAGGGCCCCGGGCGGCGGAGCGGGCGGGAGGUUGAGGGGGCUCCCCCGGCGGGACGGGCGCGGGGACGGCGCCGGGGGGCGGCGGCCGGGGCCGGCUCGCGCGGAGGGUAUGAUGACCCGGCGGCGGAGCCCCGGAUCUCGUCUCCUCCGCCGCCUCCUCACAGCAGCCCCAGCUCGCGGCUGAGAACCAGACACACCGGCGGUAUGGCAUCACAGCUGCAGGUGUUUUCCCCCCCAUCAGUGUCGUCGAGUGCCUUCUGCAGUGCAAAGAAACUGAAAAUAGAGCCCUCUGGCUGGGAUGUUUCAGGACAGAGCAGCAACGACAAAUACUAUACCCACAACAAAACCCUCCCAGCCACACAAGGACAAGCCAACUCCUCUCACCAGGUAGCAAAUUUCAACCUUCCUGCUUACGACCAGGGCCUCCUCCUCCCAGCUCCUGCAGUGGAGCAUAUUGUUGUAACAGCCGCUGACAGCUCUGCCACUGCUGCUACAUCCACCUUCCAAAGCAGCCAAACCCUCACUCACAGAAACGUUUCUUUGCUUGAGCCAUAUCAAAAAUGUGGAUUGAAAAGAAAAAGUGAAGAAGUUGACAGCAACGGUAGUGUGCAGAUCAUAGAAGAACAUCCCCCUCUCAUGCUGCAAAACAGGACUGUGGUGGGUGCUGCUGCCACGACCACCACUGUGACCACAAAGAGUAGCAGUUCUAGUGGAGAAGGAGAUUACCAGCUGGUACAGCAUGAGAUCCUUUGCUCUAUGACCAACAGCUAUGAAGUCCUGGAGUUCCUAGGCCGGGGGACAUUUGGUCAGGUGGCUAAGUGCUGGAAGCGGAGCACCAAGGAAAUUGUGGCUAUUAAAAUCUUGAAGAACCACCCCUCUUAUGCCAGACAAGGACAGAUUGAAGUGAGCAUUCUUUCCCGCCUAAGUAGUGAAAAUGCUGAUGAGUAUAAUUUUGUCCGUUCCUAUGAGUGCUUUCAGCAUAAGAAUCACACCUGCCUUGUGUUUGAGAUGCUGGAGCAGAACUUGUAUGAUUUCUUAAAGCAGAACAAGUUUAGCCCACUGCCACUGAAGUACAUCCGACCAAUUUUACAGCAGGUGGCUACAGCGCUGAUGAAGCUCAAGAGCCUUGGUUUGAUUCACGCCGACCUUAAGCCUGAAAACAUAAUGCUGGUUGACCCAGUCCGCCAGCCCUACCGAGUGAAGGUCAUUGACUUUGGUUCUGCUAGUCACGUUUCCAAAGCAGUGUGCUCAACCUAUUUACAGUCACGUUACUACAGGGCCCCUGAAAUUAUUCUUGGAUUACCAUUUUGUGAAGCUAUUGAUAUGUGGUCAUUGGGCUGUGUGAUAGCUGAGCUGUUCCUGGGAUGGCCUCUUUAUCCUGGUGCUUCAGAAUAUGAUCAGAUUCGUUACAUUUCACAAACACAAGGCCUGCCAGCCGAGUAUCUUCUCAGUGCUGGGACAAAAACAACGAGGUUUUUCAACAGAGAUCCAAAUUUGGGAUACCCACUCUGGAGGCUUAAGACACCUGAAGAACAUGAAUUAGAAACUGGAAUCAAAUCAAAAGAAGCUCGGAAAUAUAUCUUUAAUUGUUUAGAUGACAUGGCUCAGGUGAAUAUGUCUACAGACUUAGAGGGAACAGACAUGUUGGCUGAGAAGGCGGAUCGAAGAGAAUACAUUGACCUGUUAAAAAAAAUGCUAACGAUCGAUGCAGAUAAGAGAAUUACACCUCUGAAGACUCUUAACCAUCAGUUUGUGACAAUGACUCACCUUUUGGAUUUUCCACAUAGCAAUCAUGUUAAGUCUUGUUUUCAGAAUAUGGAGAUCUGUAAACGGAGGGUUCAUAUGUAUGAUACUGUAAGUCAGAUCAAGAGUCCCUUCACUACGCAUGUUGCACCAAAUACAAGCACAAAUCUAACCAUGAGCUUCAGCAACCAACUCAAUACAGUGCACAAUCAGGCCAGUGUUCUAGCUUCUAGUUCUACUGCAGCAGCUGCUACUCUUUCUUUGGCUAAUUCAGAUGUCUCAUUACUCAACUACCAGUCGACUUUGUACCCAUCAUCUGCAGCACCAGUUCCUGGAGUUGCCCAGCAGGGUGUCUCCUUGCAACCUGGAACCACCCAGAUUUGUACUCAGACAGAUCCAUUCCAACAAACAUUUAUAGUGUGUCCACCUGCUUUUCAAACUGGACUACAAGCAACAACAAAACAUUCUGGAUUCCCUGUGAGGAUGGAUAAUGCUGUGCCAAUUGUUCCCCAGGCACCAGCUGCUCAGCCACUACAAAUACAAUCAGGAGUUCUCACGCAGGGAAGCUGUACACCACUAAUGGUAGCAACUCUCCACCCUCAAGUAGCCACCAUCACACCGCAGUAUGCGGUGCCCUUUACUCUGAGCUGCGCAGCCGGCCGGCCGGCGCUGGUUGAACAGACUGCCGCUGUACUGCAGGCUUGGCCUGGAGGAACUCAGCAGAUUCUCCUGCCUUCGACUUGGCAACAGUUACCUGGAGUAGCUCUGCACAACUCUGUCCAACCCACAGCAGUGAUUCCAGAGACCAUGAGCAGUGGCCAGCAGCUCACAGACUGGAGGAAUGCCCACUCUCAUGGUAACCAGUACAGCACCAUCAUGCAGCAGCCAUCUUUGCUGACUAACCAUGUGACACUGGCCACUGCUCAACCCCUGAAUGUUGGUGUUGCCCAUGUUGUUAGACAACAGCAAUCUAAUUCCCUCCCUUCAAAGAAGAAUAAGCAGUCUGCUCCAGUAUCUUCUAAGUCCUCUCUGGAUGUUUUGCCAUCUCAAGUAUAUUCUCUAGUUGGCAGCAGUCCCCUCCGUACCACAUCUUCUUAUAAUUCCCUAGUCCCUGUUCAAGAUCAGCAUCAGCCAAUCAUCAUUCCAGAUACUCCCAGCCCUCCAGUGAGUGUCAUCACUAUUCGCAGUGACACAGAUGAGGAAGAGGACAACAAAUAUAAGCCAAAUAGCUCUGGCUUGAAGUCAAGGUCUAAUGUCAUCAGUUACGUUACUGUCAAUGACUCUCCAGACUCUGACUCUUCCUUGAGCAGUCCGUAUUCCACUGAUACUAUGAGUGCACUUCGGGGCAAUAGCGGAUCCAUUCUGGAAGGGCCCAGCAGAGUCAUGGGGGAUGGCGCUGGUACCCGCACUAUCAUUGUGCCUCCACUGAAAACACAGCUUGGUGACUGCAAUGUAGCAACCCAAACCCAGGCCUCAGGUCUUUUGGGCAGUAAAACCAAGCCAGUGGCCUCAGUGAGUGGUCAGUCAUCUGGAUGCUGUAUCACCCCCACAGGGUAUCGAGCUCAACGAGGGGGAACCAGUGCAGCACAGCCACUCAACCUUAGCCAGAACCAGCAGUCAUCUUCAGCUCCAACCUCGCAGGAGAGAAGCAGCAACCCUGCCCCUCGCAGGCAGCAGGCGUUUGUGGCCCCGAUCUCCCAAGCCCCCUACGCCUUCCAGCAUGGCAGCCCACUACACUCGACGGGGCACCCACACCUGGCCCCAGCCCCUGCUCACCUGCCAAGCCAGCCUCACCUGUAUACGUAUGCUGCCCCCACCUCUGCUGCUGCAUUGGGCUCCACCAGCUCCAUUGCUCAUCUCUUCUCCCCCCAGGGCUCCUCAAGGCAUGCUGCCGCCUAUACCACCCACCCUAGCACUCUGGUGCACCAGGUUCCUGUCAGUGUUGGGCCCAGUCUCCUCACUUCUGCCAGUGUGGCCCCUGCUCAGUACCAACACCAGUUUGCCACUCAGUCCUACAUUGGGUCUUCCCGAGGCUCAACAAUUUACACUGGAUAUCCACUGAGUCCUACCAAGAUCAGCCAGUAUUCCUACUUGUAGUUGAUGAGCAUAGGGAGGGAGGGUCAUGAUUCUGUCCUGGCCCUGAGUUCUUAGUGAUGGGCUAUGAUCUCCUUCCUUCCCCUCUCUUAAAAAUCCUUAGCCAGCAACUUGUUCUGCAGGGGCCCACUGAAGCAGAAGCUUUUUCACUGGGGAACCUUGUGUUAGUGUUGACUGCAUUAUUGUAGUCUCCCCAUGUCUGCCCUAUAUUUUAAUCCUUUAUUUUUGUGACAGCAUUUUUUUUUUUUUUGGUAUAAGAAUUCAGAAACCCAUCUUCUGCAAUUACCAACAAAAAGAUGGUUUUAGCCUUUGAAAAAUUUGUUUUUGUAAUUUUAUUUCUAUAAAUUCUUUAAAAACAGUUGAAGCCCUUCUACAUUUAAUUUAGUUUUACAUAUAAUUGCUGAUCAGAGGAAAAAAUGCUGAUAGAAAGACUUGAAAUCUGGUAACUGAGAAAAUGUAUUUUUUUUCUUUGUUUAAAACCUAAGAACUUAAGUGCUUACUUUAAGAGCAGCUUACACAAACCAGUCUUUUUACUAUCAGGCAUUUCUCCUCAAAAUUUUGCCUUUGUUUAUGGAAAAUUAACUUUACUAUUUUACUUUCAUAUUACAUUUUAUUUAAUGGGUGGUUGUUUUUUUCUAACUCUGGUUACAUGCUACUGUGUGUUAUUUACUUUUGAAAUUCUCUCUGUUGCUCCUGUGUUUAUUAUUAUAAAGUAGUGUUUUAAAAAAGGCAGCUCACCCACCAUUAGCUGGCAACUUAGUGUGAGAGAAUCUGAGAGAAUCCAUACCGUGAAAAUACCAGGUAUUUUUAAAAUGAAGCACCAUCAUUCUUCUUAGAUUAUUCUUUAAAGAGUUCUUCUUUCUCUUGAUUCAGCUUAAAUUUUAUUAUUGGAAAAGCCAUUAAGGUAGUUAUUAUUAUAUGGUGGUGGUGGUGGUGGUGGUUUUAUUAUAUGCAAAAUCUCUUUUGUAUUAUGUGAUUCUGGCAUUGAUGAGCUUUGCCUAGUGGCUGUUGGCAUUAAUGAAUUUUGCCUAAAGAUCAGUAUGAAUUUUCAAUAAUACACCUCUCUCUGCCUCAUCUCUCCCUUCUGUUCUAAAUGAGUUAUUUGGGGAGAAAGCUAAAGAAUCUGAAAUCAGAUAAGAACAUUGUUGUGUAUAGCUUUUAUAUUUUAAUGUAGCUUCCUUUGUAUGCCAGCAAAAAUUGAAUGCUCUCUUAUUAAGACAAUACAAUAAAUAAGUGCAUGUAGGAAUUGCAAAAAAUAUUUUAAAAAUUUAUUACUGAAUUUAAAAAUAUUUUAGAAGUUUUGUAAUGGUGGUGUUUUAAUAUUUUGCAUAAUUAAAUAUGUACAUAUUGAUUAGAAAAAUAUAACAAGCAACUUUUUUCCUGCUAACCCAAAAUAUUAAUUUGUAAUCAAAUGUGUAGUGAUUACACUUGAAUUGUGUAUUUAGUGUGUAUCUGAUCCUCCAGUGUUACCCUGGAGAUAGAAUUGAUGUCUCCAUUGUAUUUAAACCAAAAUGAACUUACUUGUUGGAAUGUAUGUGAACUAAUUGCAAUUAUAUUAGAGCAUAUUACUGUAGUGCUGAAUGAGCAGGGGUUAUUGCCUGCAAGGAGAAGAGACCCUUGGGAUUGUUUUGCACAGGUGUGUCUGGUGAGGAGUUGUUCAGUGUGUGUCUCUUUCUUCCUUUUCUCCUUCUCCCCUUAUUGUAGUGCCUUAUAUGAUAACGUAGUGGUUAAUAGAGUUUACAGUGAGCUUGCCUUAGGAUGGACCAGCAAGCCCUCGUGGACCCCCAGCUCUUCACUGGGAUUUAUCAGAACAGGAUUAGUAGCUGUAUUGUGUAAAUGCAUUGUUCUCAGUUACCUUGCCAACAUUGAAAAAAAGAGUUUGUCUCCUUUACAGUCACCUCUACCCCUUUCCAUUUCAGAAUCUCAGCUGAGUUCUCACGGAAGCGCUUUCCCCUCGUGGCUCUCUCACUGUGCUUUGCUACCUUCUGUGAGAAUUUGAGAAGCAGAUUAGAGGAAUCAAGCCAAUAGUAUAUAUGCAUCUUCUUUUUUAAGUAUGUGCAAUCAUUUUAAGGAUGAGAUUUUUUUUUUUCUUUUCCCAUAUGGCAGUCCUCCCUGCAAAUAGUUGACAUUCCUAGAGAAAUAAUUGCUUGUUGAAAAAAAAAAAAAAAGAUGUGUUUAUACCAAAGAGCCUGUUGUAUUGCUUACCAUGUCCCCAUACUAUGAGGAGGAGUUUUGUGAUGCCGCUGGUGACAGGGAACUCACUGAAAGGUUCUCAGGCAGUGAAGAAUAUGAAGAAGGAACCAAAGCCUGCUGAGUCAUUGGGCUUUGGGGUUUCUUUUUCUUUUUUUUUUUUUUUACAACUUACAUAUUCUUGGGUCCCUUCAAACUGAAAUUGUCCUUGUACUCUUGGCCUCCUGCACAAAUCUGGGUCAAGUAGAGGGUACUUGGAAUGGGGGGGUGUUCCUGCCUCUAGAAGAUAUUGGGGGAAAGAAGGUUAACCCUAAGAUAUAAAUGUGUUCCAUCUGAAUUGAAAACUAAGUAUUUGAGGGAUACGUCUAGGACUGGUUCUUUGAGUGAUGGUGUCAAGGAGGUGCAGGAUGGAGAUGGGAGAUUUCAUGGAACCUGGUCAGCAAACUCUACCAGGUUGAACACUGAGGAGCUGUCAAGGUAUUUGGAGUUUCUUCAUUGUAAGGAGUAAGGGCUUCCAGGAUGGGGCAGAUAGUCAAUACAGCCUACCAGGAACAUGGUGUUUUCUCUAUUUUUUAUUGCUAUAUUGAGUUGUGUUUGCAGCACUAUAUGGUUAAGAUACCCAAACAACCUGUACAGACUUUGUCACUAGUGUUAGAGUUUUCUGGUCAGUGUGUGUGGUCUUUGUGUCUUCUUUAAGCACAUUCAGAUUCCUUGCUUAAAAGCAGAACUCGUUAAUAAUGGAAAUACUUUCUGUUCAUUAUCUUUCCACUGUGAGAUACGAUUAUUGUCUUUGUAAAAUAAUUGAGAUGCAGGAAAAAAAAAACAACUUCACACUCCACAGUAGUCCAUGAAAUACCCAUUUAAGAUAAGAGUCGUAACUUCACUGGAAAAAGACAAUAGCAAGAACUUGUGUUGUUUCAUUAGCAACAUUACUAGUAGUGUGUGACUUUUAAGAACUUUAGGCAUUUUUAGUCUCAGUCUACAAAUUGACAUUUCAGACUUAACUGAAAUGAAAAUUCUCCUGUAUCUACUGAAUGUGUAUGUGCUCACUGUGGCUUUAAAUUCUGUCCCUGGGGUUUAAUAUUGCCGACCAUGACUGGAUAGGGGAAGGCCUGUGAAUUUAGCUGGCAGCUGGCCCAGGUCACAAUGGCUUGACUUCAGACCAGCUUAAGGCUUAAAGUCCUCUCAGAACUUGCUUUUCCAGCUUCUCAAACUUCAGGAUGAGAGAGAAAGUGGGGAAAGGUUAAGUAUAGCCACUUUGAUCCUCUGGAGUGUUUAAUAGCUCCCAAGAGGUGAUACUACUACUGUCAGUGCUCAGCUUGAAAUAGCAACCCCAGGAAUAAGAACUCCAUUUCAAGCAAUUCUGACCAUCCCUCAUCCUCCACUAGAGGGGCAAAGCUUGACUGCCUUUAUCCAGACAAGCAUUGUAAUGUGUGUUUUUAUUCAGCAUUAUUAUGCAAAAACCCUACUGGAUGGUUUGUUUUUAGGAUAGGAAAUGAAAUUGCCUCUCAGUGAAAGGAAUGGUCCAAGCCUGCUAACUAUUUUGAUUUUUUUUAACUGAUGGAUGGUGCAGCAUGUCUACAUGGUUGUUUGUUGCUAACUUUAUAUAAUAUGUGGUUUUGAUUCAGCUUGAAAAAUAAUCUCACUACAUGUAGCAGUACAUUGUAUGUACAUUAUAUGUAUGUUAGUAUUUCUGCUUUGAAUCCUUGAUACUACAAUGGAAUUCCAACUUUACUAAAUGUAAUUUGAUAUGCUAGUUAUUGUGUGCAAAUUAAACUUUUUUUUUUUGCUUCUUCUGGUUGUGCGCUUCUUUUUACAACAAGCCUCUAGAAACAGUUUCUGAGAAUUACUGAGCUAUGUUUGUAAUGCAGAUGUACUUAGGGAGUAUGUAAAAUAAUCAUUUUAACAAAAAGAAAUAGAUAUUUAAAAUUUAAUACUAACUAUGGGGAAAGGGUCCAUUGUGUAAAACAUAGUUUAUCUUUGGAUUCAAUGUUUUGUCUUUGGUUUUACAAAGUAGCUUGUAUUUUCAGUAUUUUCUACAUAAUAUGGUAAAAUGUAGAGCAAUUGCAAUGCAUCAAUAAAAUGGGUAAAUUUUCUGA